UCCUCACUGUGCUCGCCCAAGACCCCAAGAAAGAGGAAGAAAAAGCUCUCCAACCCUCCUCCAUUGCUGCAACUCGAGCUCAACCAAGAAGGGUCCAAGGAGUGGGAUUAAAGAAGGAAAAAGGCUAGGAAAAGUGUGUAAAAUUAAGGAACUUGUAAAGGGUGUUUCAAGUGAUUUCACAAAGUUGGAAAAGUCGCCGGAAUUGUCGCCGGAGUUGACCAAAAGUCGCCGGAGUUUCACCGGAGUUCAACCAAGAAGGGUAGAACUUCAUACGCUAGUUCAAGGUUGAAGCUAGGGCUUGCUACCUGCACCUUUCUACGGGUGACAUCAAAUCAAGGAAGACGUGAAAUGGAGGGCAGGCGAAUGGGAACCAGGAACAAUCCGAGGGGGCAGACGCCGGUAGCAUCCCAAAGGGGAAGCCGGGCUGCAUCUCGGGGUUCAAGGGGAGGCCGUGGAGGCCGUGGAAGCCGUGGAGGUCAUCAAGCUCAAACUGUGAGUGAUGGCCAUGUAAGCUCGGUGUAUGAAACCAACACCGAGGACUAUGACUCAACCUACGUUCCGGAAACGGAGCAUGAGGAGACCCCGUAUGAUGGGGGUGACACAUACACCGAUGAUGACGACGAAGAGAGUGAUGCCAAGUUCGCUCAAAUGGGCAAAUUGCUUGAGUGGUAUCAAAAAGAAAAGCUGAGGAGAGACCUUAGGCGCCAGGCAAGGUGUGGCUCUCGUGGUGGUUCGGGUCAAGGGAGUCGGGGAGCUUCCGUGGCCACCCCAGCGGCGCCACAAGGUGGGCAUGAAGGAGGUUUUGUAGUAAGAAUCUCCAAAUACCUCAAGGAGGCUAGGGCCUUGGGGUGUAGGUCCUUCGACGGCACCGGCGACAUUACCGUUGCCGCCGAUUGGAUCAAGAAGGUGAAGGAUGCAUCGAGAGACAUGCAGAUUACUCCGGACGUGAAGCUAACUGUCGCUUCACGGCUACUUGAGGGGAUGGCUUCUACAUGGUGGGAAGGUGUAGAAGGGAAAUACCGUGGGGACAUCUCAUGGGAAAAUUUUGAACAGGAAUUUUAUGCUCAAUACUACUCCGAUUUCGAGGUUAAUGUGAAAAGGAGGGAGUAUACCAACCUCAAGCAGAAAGAGGGUUGCACGGUUAAGCAACUGGAGCAAGAGUUUAGGACCUUGGCUAGGUUCUUACCGGAGUAUGCGAUCGAUGAGGACCGCAUGACUGAGCACUUCUGGGAUGCCUUACUCUUGGACAUCCGAGAUCGUGCCACGUAUUCCCGCCUCAUGACCUUUAGUGAGGUGGUAGAGCAGGGCAUGCUUGGAGAGGCCCAGUGGAAUGAGAGGAAAGCAAGGGACGCCGAAGAGGCGAAGAAGAGGAAGUGGAAUAAUUCGGGGCCACCCGAUCAUUCUCGAAGGAACAACCACGGGGGUGGUGGUGGUGGCGGUGGUUCAUUCAAGGCGCCGGCUCCACCGGCAAAGAAGAAUAGGGAUGCGAGGUGGCACGGACCUAGGCCACAGAACUCGGGGCCACCUAGAUGUCCCAAUUGCUCAAAACAACACUUUGGGAAGUGCAAUGAACCACCGAGGUGUUUUAAGUGCGGGAAUGCGGGCCAUAUGAAGGCCAAUUGCCCUCAAUUGAUGCAAGAGAGUGCCUCGGGAGCCGGGGGAGGGACCAUGACGGGAAGAAACCGUGCGGGCCCGUCAAACGGCGGUACGGGAAGAGGCAACGCAUCCACAAGUCAUGCCGCGUUCGUAAACCAAGGCGGGACCCAAACACGAGUCUACGCGAUGACCGAGGCGGAUGCGAGAGCAAACCCGGACUCCGUUGCAGGUUGAAGCUAGGGCUUGCUACCUGCACCUUUCUACGGGUGACAUCAAAUCAAGGAAGACGUGGUUCGUGCUUCCUCAUUUUAUUUCAAAUUACCAAACAUUGCUCAUGGAUAUUUUUAUUUGUUAUAAACUAUUCUUUUGGGGCUUGCAUGCCCAUGUUAUUGGCCGGUUGUGGCUUAUGACUUACCGUUGAAUAUUUCCGCUAUUCAUUGGUUUAAAUGUGAUGUUGUUAUGUAUGUUUA